GUCGCGGUUUAUCUCCAUAUUCGAUCUCGCCACCGCCGCCUUUCUCCGAUCGGAGGCCUGAAGAUUAGCGCGCGGGGCUGCCGUCGAGGCAAUUUUUUCUGCUCCGGCCGGCAACCAGAUGAAGACAUCUAAGACGGUGUCCAUGUGCACCCCAGCAGAGGAGACUCGAGGCAUACAUGUGUUUGAUAUCUUGGGUUACAGCAAGCACAGGGGCAUGGGCCACGACCUCGACAGUCACAUACGGUCCGGAAUUUUCUCCGUCGAUGGCCACGACUGGGAAAUCAACUUCUACCCUGACGGGUUUAAUGGAUUUGGCCCGUUUAAUGGACAUGGGGAAGAUUACAUCUCAGUUUUUCUCGUGCUUUUGAGCAAGAACACUAAAGUCCGGGCAUCCUGCGACAUGAGGCUGGUUGAUCAGUACACUGGAUUCUCAUCUUCAAUGCAUAAAACAGAACCAAGGUUUUUCGAUUCUUGUGAUGUUACUAUCAUGGCUCCACAUACUCCUAUUUUCAUAAGGCGAAGCGAGAUCGAGGGAUCCGUCUACCUUAGGGAUGACCGCCUGACGAUCGAAUGCAUCGUAACUGUUUUCAAGAUGCCACAUGUUACUCAAACCAAAUCAUUCCCUAAAAUCGACAUGCCACAAGCUGACAUGACUGAGCAUGUUAGCAAGCUGCUUGAAGAAAAGAAGGGAUUUGAUGUCUGUUUCAUUGUCGGAGGAGAGACCAUCGAAGCACAUAGGUUUGUUCUCGCUAUGAGGUCGCCUGUUUUUAAAGCAGAGCUCUAUGGGUCAAUGCAUGAGGCGAGGCUGGGGCAGUGCAUAACCAUCAAGGACAUGCAACCUGCCGUUUUCAAGGCCCUGCUCCAUUUCAUCUAUACGGACUAUGUGCCUAGCGGCGAGGAUACAGAGAUGAUCCGGCUCUUACUAGUGGCCGCGGACAGAUAUGCAAUGGAUAGGCUCAAGCUGGUUUGCCAAAGCAUCCUUUGCGAUGAUCUGAAUGUGGACACCGUCGCAACCACAUUGGCUUUAGCUGACCAACAUAACUGCCACCAACUUAAGGAUGCUUGCCUCGAAUUUAUCGAAUUAUCAAAUUUCAUGGAUGCUGUGGUGGCAACCCAACUCUUAAAGGAUCUCAAGGCGACUUGCCCAUCUUUCAUAGUGGAUGAACUGGUGAAGAGAAGAAAGUUUUCAUGAAACAUGGGCAACUAUACUGUUAGAUUGGCUAAAUUUCUCACACCAAUUUGUCAUAGGGAUGAUCAACUCAACGUUAGAUGAAUCCAAGAGUGAUUAGGUUAAUUCUCAAGUGAUAUGAUUGGCGUGAAAGUCGCCCUAAUCAAUCUGUCCAAAUCAGAACUUCUUAUUUAUCAAGUUGCUGAUUUUAUCUCGAGUGCUUCUAUGCUACC